CCGGGAGAAAGCAGCGGAGCAGCGCUCAACACGACAGAGAAAAAACAAGUUUCAAACUACAGAGAAAAAAAGCAGCGGAAUAGUUUAUUUUUCAAGAAACAAGCCCUAACAGUUUAGAUCACAGACACCCACAUGCUUCAGCAUCAUUUCCAGUUUGCCCUGAAGAGGAAUUUGGCACAUCAUUGUGAUAAAAGGGAUGAAUGAGGGCCGUUCUGCUCUCCUCAGAAGGUGCCACCUUGCCUUGUCCAAGGCCGACACCCUCAGCUCUGUUCCCGUGGACGCAGGUGACGGCGGGGCUGCUCAGCCUGACAGCGAUGCAGCGCUCGCCCUGUCUGAGUUCUCACACCUGUUUGAGAACGAGGAUGGCUCCCCGUCAACUCAGGACAUCAGCCAGGACUCGGCCCCGGAGCUGGUUCAGCCUGGCCAGCCUGCGGACGGCAGGCAGAACCUGCGGAUGAAGUUCCAGGGUGCUUUCAAGAAGGGUAUUUCCACCCAUAUGGACCUAUUUGAAUCCACCAUAUAUGAUUCAAAUGUGGUUCAAGGCCCCAAGAAAGCACCCAUGGACUCGCUCUUUGACUAUGGUACCUACAGGAACACCAGCAACCAGAAGAAACGGAGGAAGAAGCUCCCAAGAGGUAAAACUGAGACGUCCUGCGAUGAUGGUGGAAGCUCAGACCCACCAAAAGUAAUGAAAGUAUUCAACCGAUCUCUCCUCUUCGACUGCGUGUCACGAGCAGACGCUGAGGCCCUCGAGGGCCUGUUGGAGUACCUGCAGAGUCAUGAAAAGAGGUUGACUGAUGAGGAAUUUAGAGAGCCAUCCACCGGUAAGACAUGUCUGCCUAAAGCCCUGUUGAACCUCUACGGCGGGCAGAAUGUCACCAUCCCACUGCUGGUGGAGAUCGCGGAAAGCACCGGAAACCUCAGAGAGUUCAUAAAUACACCCUUCAGGGAUGUCUACUACAGAGGCCAAACAGCGCUCCACAUUGCCAUAGAGCGUCGCUGUAAGCAGUAUGUGGAGCUGCUGGUGGAGCAGGGAGCUGAUGUACACGCCCAGGCGAGGGGACGCUUCUUCCAGCCCAGAGACGAGGGGGGCUACUUCUACUUUGGUGAGCUGCCUCUCUCACUUGCUGCGUGCACUAACCAACCUGACAUCGUGCACUACCUGACUGAGAAUCCACACAAGAAGGCCGACCUGCGGCGUCAGGAUUCCCGUGGAAACACAGUGCUGCACGCGCUGGUGCACAUCGCAGACAACACCAAGGACAACACGCGUUUCCUCACAAAGAUGUACGACCUGCUGCUAAUCAAGAGUGCCAAGCUCUACCCAGACUGCAGCCUGGAGACUGUGCUCAACAACGAUGGCAUGUCGCCUCUCAUGAUGGCCGCCAAGCUGGGGAAGAUCGGGGUUUUUCAGCACAUUAUCCGACGUGAGAUCAAAGAUGAGGAAGUUCGUCAUCUGUCACGCAAGUUUAAGGACUGGGCGUAUGGGCCAGUGUACUCCUCCCUCUAUGAUCUGUCAUCACUGGAUACAUGUGGAGAGGAACCCUCUGUGCUGGAAAUCCUCGUCUACAACAGCCGCAAUGAGAACCGCCAUGAGAUGCUGGCGGUCGAGCCCAUCAACGAGCUGCUGAGGGCCAAGUGGCAGAAGUUUGCCGCCGUCACAUUUUACAUCAGCGUGGUUUCCUACCUCAUCACCAUGAUCAUCUUCACCACAGUGGCUUAUUACCACCCAACAGAGGGCACGCCUCCGUACCCUUACACAACAUCCUCUGACUACCUGCGCAUGGUGGGGGAGAUUGUCACCUUGGCAUCAGGAAUCUUCUUCUUCCUCACCAAUAUUAAGGACCUCUUCUUGAAGAAGUGCCCUGGGGUGAAGUCUUUAUUUAUUGAUGGAUCCUUUCAACUGUUGUAUUUCAUCUAUUCUGUGCUGAUUGUAGUCACAGCUGCUCUCUACCUGUCCGGCAUUAAGGCCUACGUGUCUGUGAUGGUGUUUGCACUUGUCCUGGGCUGGAUGAACACGCUUUACUUCACCAGGGGCCUAAAGCUCACUGGCACAUACAGCAUCAUGAUACAGAAGAUUCUUUUCAAAGACCUUUUCAGAUUUCUGCUGGUGUACGUGCUAUUCAUGAUUGGAUAUGCAUCAGCCCUGGUUUCCCUGCUGACGGUGUGUCCACCACCGGGCACUGUGUGUGACGGGGACUGCCCCAAGUACCCCAACUGCAGGGACCCAGACACCUUCAGUGCUUUCCUGCUGGAUCUCUUUAAGCUGACCAUUGGGAUGGGAGAGCUGGACAUGAUCGAAAGUGCACAGUACCCUGCAGUCUUCCUCAUCCUGUUGGUUACCUACAUCAUCCUCACGUUUGUCCUGCUGCUGAACAUGUUGAUCGCUCUGAUGGGGGAGACAGUGGCACAUGUGUCGAAGGAGAGCAAGAAGAUCUGGAAGCUUCAGUGGGCAACAACCAUCUUGGACAUCGAGCGCUCUUUCCCAGUCUGCCUUCGCAAGUCUUUUCGAGCCGGGGAGAUGGUGACUGUGGGGAAGAACUGGGACGGCACACCUGACCGACGCUGGUGCUUCAGGGUUGAUGAGGUGAACUGGUGCCACUGGAAUCAGAACCUGGCGAUAAUAAAUGAGGAUCCAGGCAAGAAUGAGACCUGCCAAGCCAACGGGUUGCAGCAGAGCGUCAGAGCCUUGCGGAGAGACCGCUGGUCCACAGUGGUUCCGCGGGUGGUGGAGUUAAGUAAAGGGCCGCGGCCUCGUGAUCUGGUGAUAGAGAUGGAGCCGCUGGCGCCCAGGCACUGAGGCCUGCAGAAGACUAGUGCUGUCCUUCUAAAGAGACAGCUGAGAGCCAUCAGCACCAGCAAGAUCACUCUGCAGGGGACCAUUUAGCCAAUAAGUGUGCUAAUUUGCACAGACUUCAUGUGCCUUUUCUUCAGAGAAAGUAUACUAAAUAUUACAGUAAGUCGGUGUAAUAGGACAGAGGAAUGAGCACACAGAGACACUGGAUGUUUGUCUUAAAGAAUCACUGAUCUGAAAAAUACCAAAGAAGAGUUUAAACCACCAAACCUGAGACAAAAAGAUGAAAUAGUAAUAUUAAAGCCACAGUAAGCUGUAUUUUUUUUUAAAAACGUGCCACAUAAUAUAAAACCUAUUAUAAAUAUGUACUGUACCUCUUCAUUUCAGACAUCAGUGGCUGAUCACUCAGGGAUUCAAAAUAUUUCAGCAUUUCCAGUCUCAUUAUAAUGCUACAGGAAACCGAAUCAUGGGGUUUUUAAUAGCUAGCAGCAGCACAAUUACUAUAUUAUUGCAUUAGCAGCGUACACAGCUUUGAUAAAAAUGCCAUCUACAGAUAUAAUCACAAUGGGAGAUAAUUCUUCAAGAAAUAAUUGCAGUAAAUAUUCAUAGACUUAGAAUAGAAUAGAAUUCAGCCUUCAUUUUCUUGCUCUAUAUUUAAGAUGAUGAUGUAUCAUAAAGAUUGUGUUGUAUAUGGUAAUUUGAAUGUUUAUUGUUCAUGCUAUGGGGGUUCAGUGUAUAGAAACAGAAUAUAUGUAUUUUAUGAAGUAUAUUUUCUCUCCAUUUUCUAUUCCGUAUUAAUCAAAUAGUUUCGAAGUCUAUUGGACUGCCAGCUCAGGCAGCGCAGCUUUCAUUUGAACUGAAACAAUGCACUAUGCCAAACCCUGAUGUGUGCAUUAUUAUAUGAACACAAAGACAUUGUUCUGAACAAGAUGGGCAUGAUGAGCAGGUUAUAGUUGUCAAGCAAAUAUGCAAAUGCAAGACAAUAGCCUUCCGUGUUAUGGUUUGUCUUUGAAUUUCCAGAGUUAUUGUUCCUUUGCAGCUGGGGUAUUUGCAUAAUCAACUCUCAGGCCUUGCCAUUAUGUGCUUCCCCCUAUUUGCUGCAGUGUUUUCAUUGCAAUUGGCUCCUUGCCCUAUAGAGCAUCUUGUUUAUGCACAGCUACUGUAUGUAUACAUGUAUUUGUGUUAUUGUCCUACAUGACAUGGUUUGAUUAAGAGCAGAUAGACCAUGCAGUUAAUUUCCCUAAUUCAUUACUGUUGAGGGUCACAGGUCAUUGUUCACAAUGUUUACAUUGGUUUUUAUAAAGAGACAUGUCUAUGCAUUUUUUAUAUUGUUUGUAUAUUGCUGCACAGAACAAUAAACACUGAAUGUAUUUUAUGAACCA